UUUCCCAGCACGCUGCUACAGAAAGAGAAGAAUCCAGCAGAAGACUGGUCGACUCUCGGAAUUUUAAGUCAUGGCCCAUCAGUUGAUAAUGCUCAGGGAUGUGGCUAUAGAGCUCUCUGAGGAGGAGUGGGAGUGUCUGGACCUGGAACAGAGGGAUUUGUACAGAGGUGUGAUGUUGGAGAACUACAGCAGCAUGGUCUCCCUGGGACUUUGCAUUUAUCAGCCAGAUGUGUUCUCUUCAUUGGAGAAAGGGAAAGAGCCCUGGAAAAUUUUGAGGGAUGAGACAAGAGAACCAAAUCCAGAUAUGCAUACCAUGUGUCAGACCAAGAAGUUAUCACAAAAAAAUGGCAUUCUUGAGAGAGAAUUAUCCCAGUGGGAAAUAAUGGAAAUUUGUAAAAACUGCAGCCUUGAAUGUUUAUGUUUUAGAGGUGAUUGGGAAGGCCAAGGUCUGUGUCAAACACAACAGGAAAAUCGGGUGGACUAUUUCAAGCAGGUGGUACUCACCUUUGAAAAAAUGCCCACUUUUAACCAGCACAUGGCUUUUAAUCUACAUCAGAGACUUAAUAUAGGAGAGAAACCGAAUGAAUAUAAAGAAUGUGGGAAAGCCAUUAGUUCUGGCUCAGACCUUACUCAACACACAGGAAACCCUAUAAAUGUGAGAAAUGUGGAAAAGCCUAUAUCUGGAGCUCACACCUUGCUCGGCAUCAGCGAAUUCAUACCAGUAGGAAACCUUAUGAAUGUAAGCAAUGUGGAAAGACUUUUAUCUGGGCUUCAUAUCUCGCUCAGCAUGAGAAAAUUCAUGAGAGGAAACAGUAUGAGUGUAAGGACUGUGGAAAAACCUUUCUUCAUGGCUCAGAGUUUAAUCGACAUCAGAAAGUUCAUACUGGUGAAAGAAAUUACAAAUGUAAGGAAUGUGAAAAGACCUUUUUUCGUGGUUCAGAACUUAAUCGACAUCAGAAAAUUCAUACUGGAAAGAGACCAUACGAAUGUGAAGAGUGUGGAAAAGCCUUUCUCUGGAGUUCACAACUUACUCGACAUCAGCGAAUGCACACAGAUACAGUCUUGGUAUAUUGCAGCCCAGGGCCCAGCAGCGAACCAUGGCGACAGAGGUCUCCCGCUCCCCAAAGCCUCAGGGACACAGUCACUAGGCAACGGCGGCGGUCUCUGUGACGCCAGGCGCCAGACCCCAGGCAUGGUCAUCCCCAAGCACACACGCACUUACAACGGCGGCACGGAACCCCGGAAGUCAGGCUUUGGCAGCCAUGCCCCCUCACACCCCCGGGGAAGCGCGGUUGGGAUGCAGCCUGAGCUGCGGGUGGGGUGUCCGGCAGGGGGAAGAAGGCUGCGGCGGCGACCGAGGGUCAGACCCUAA